UCUACUAAGUACAAACCAUAGUAGAACGAACCCCUUCCUCCCUCGCUCCCUCCCUCCAAUCCCACGCGCCAUGUACACACACAACCCCACCGCCCCCCCACGCGCCGCCGACCCCCUCCUGUCGCCGCCAAUGCAGUACGGCGGCGCUCAUACCCCGGCGGCGGAGUGGACGUGGCAGGUGAACUCGGAGGCGAGCUGGAAUUGUAACACGUGCAACAGUUGCAGCAGCGGCAGCGGGUGCACGAGUUACAUGGGAUCGCCGAGUUCGCUGGCGAGUUACGAGAGUCAACGAGCGUGUUUGAUGCAGAGAAGCGUUAGCAGCCACUCGCUGCAGAAGAAUUCAAACACACUCUUUUCUUCUCCUCUCUUCGCUCAGUUGCUUCACUCUGAUAACGCUCCCGUUAGAAGAGCUUGCAGUACCGGUGAUCUUCAGAGAUUCAAUGGAAUGCAACAUUAUCUUCAUUCUCAUUCUGAUAGCCCAUUGUCAAGUGAAAGUAGUUUGAUCAUAGAAGAAAUGAGUAGAACCAGUCCUUAUAGCCCAGAGGAGAAGAAGGUGAGGAUUGAAAGAUAUAGAAGCAAGAGAAACCAGAGGAACUUCGGCAAGAAAAUUAAGUAUGCUUGCAGAAAGACAUUGGCAGAUAGUAGGCCACGUAUCAGAGGACGAUUUGCAAGGAAUGAUGAAAUUGCAAUGAACCCCCCAGUUCAGUGGAGCCACAUGGCUAAUGGAGAGGAGGAGGAUGAAGAAGAAGAGAAUUGGGCCAAUUUCUUUGAUUCCUUAGUUCCUGAAAAUCUUCCUCAAGACCCUCAAGGCAGUUCCUCCUUUGGUGUGUUUUAUUGAAAUAAUUGCAUGCUUAAACCAGCAUGGCAAGAUAUUUAAUUAAGUUGUAUGUUUUCCAUGUUUUGAGUUUUGUAGUAGGUAAUGUAAAUAUAUGUACUUAUUUGAAUCAUGGAUGUGACCAUUUGUAGUUUUAGACUUCAAUCUGGGGUGAAGUUUUUAGUACCCUUUAUGUUUUUCAUAGACUAGGCCUCAGUAGCAGCAGCAUUGUAUUGUUUGGAUAAAACCUUUAGCAAGUUGUACUUGGGGU